UAGCCUCAGUGCUCAACCAUAGUUAAUCAAUCCCACCCCCGUCGUCGUCUCCGUUUGCACGAGAAGAUGAUCGUCUGCAUCGCAGUCGUUGGCCACCAGAACAAUCCUUUGUACCUACAGAGCUUUACGGAGUCGGAUGAUGCGCUUAAGCUUCAUCACAUUGUCCACUGCUCUCUUGACGUGGUUGACGAGAGAGUGAACAAUCCAAAAAAGUCUGCCCCGACACUCAGUGAAACAUUUCUUGGUUUGCUCUAUCCAACAGAAAACUACAAAGUGUAUGGUUAUUUGACUAACACCAAGGUGAAGUUCAUAAUGGUGACAACAGAUCUGGACGUCCGAGAUGCAGAUGUGAGAAAUUUUUUCAGGCGGUUCCAUGCUGCUUACGUCGAUGCAGUUUCAAAUCCAUUUCAUGUUCCAGGCAAGAAAAUAACUUCCCGAACUUUUGCUGAAAGAGUCAGCACAAUUGUCAAGUCCUUCGGAUUGAAUUCAGCUGGCUGAAUACUGAAACAUUGUUGCUUAUACACUGUUUGAAGAUUUUCAUUUUGCUUCCUUCCCUUGUAACCUGUGUACCUAUAGUAGUAACUGGAUUUUAGAGCUACUGUAGCUCAUCUGUUGAAUCUCAUUGAAUGGACAUCUGACUUCACGCGAUGAAAAGAGUUCGUAGAAUUUACCAUGUUUUGAAAUGAAAAAUGAUAUCAUAUCCCUGGUAAAGACCAUUCAAUUUCUU